AUGCCCAAACAAGUACUUACUGCUCGUCAAUUUGUAGAGAGAUGUAUGGCUCCAGAUGCAAAAAAUGUUGUUAUACUUCGUGUUAACGAUGAGACAGCUAAGUUUAAGCUCAAAACAACAAAACAACUCUAUACCCUUACUGUUAAGAAAGGAGAACUUAUACAACAAGUCAUUGAUUCUCUCCCCGAAAAAUUCCGCGAUACAAUUGUUGACAAAAAGAAAAAAGUUGAUCCAUAUUUUCAAAUUGAUGAAGAACAACCUGCAGAAAAUCAGCAACAAUAA